AUGUUGUCAUUUGCUAAAAUUCCCAAAAUAAAUGGCGAGCCUGCAGUUGAAACUUCAAAUGUGCAGUCAGGCAAAUAUGACGGCUUAGUUUUAAUUUAUUCGAACCUUGAAAGUUUAAAACCUUCCAGCCUCUCGGCUCCUUUCGCUGAAACUAUACAAACCUAUGCCUCUAUUGAUAAUAAGUUUGGUCAAGAGGUGUCUUUGAUAGCUGAUUCUAAUGCAGUGGGUGGAAGGCUGGUUUUAGCACCGACUGGAAGCUUAGAUGAUGAUGUGGAUGAUGUUAGGAGAUUUGCAGAGGCUACCCAAAAGGCAACAGCUCGGGCAAUUGAAGCAGGCAUACGCAAACCUCUUUAUCAUUUUGUUGAUAAGCCUAGUGCCGAUAACGAAGAUUAUGUAAACUUUGUUCAAGUGAGUCUCUUGGGCAUUUUGGACGCCGCUUUUGAACAAAUAACUUUCCGAGAACACCGACCCAAAACAUGGAAUAAAAUCGACGAGGUCGGCAUUGUGCUCGAAGGCUUGGUGGAACCCGAAAACUUUAGUAAAAUUCUAGAACAAGUAGAAGCCAUUGAAUCGGGUAAAAGAAUUGCAAAGGAUCUGGGAUCCCCCGAUCCGGAACGAAUGACUCCUUCGAAUUUUACUAAUUACUUAAGAGAAGUCUUUGAAACUUCUGAAAAUAUUGAGGUAACAGUCAUUGAGGAUAUUGCCAUAAUUGAGGAAGAAUAUCCUCUUUUACAUGCAGUGACUAGAGCAUCUCUUGCUGGUAC